AUGGAAAUCAAGGUCGGAGAGCCAGCACCCGAAAAUGACGGCCCGCCAGCACGCUUUCUAGUCCCCGGCAGCGGUCCCUCCACCAUCCUCACUCACGGGCGCGGAUCCAAUUUAGACGUCCCUGCCAUCGUCGGAUUCAACCAAGGAUUCGGCCGUACACACUCCUCGCUCGCCUUCGCCCGCGGCAAGGAGAACGAGGCCGAACGCGCCGCCGUCUUCAACGCCCUCGCAGCCAACUACCCCACCAACACCUUCACGGGCCGCUCCUUCGGCGCCCGCGCCGCCACCAUCGCCGCGCUCAAGAACCCGGCCAUCAACCAGCUCAUCUGCUUCACCAUCCCCAUCGUGCGCGAGCGCGACACCUCGCUUAGCGAGGACCUGCUUAAGCUGCCUGCUACCACGGACGUCCUGUUCGUGCUGGGCAACGACGACGCCCGGACGCCUGAGAUUGAGCUCCACCGCGUCCGCAAGCUGAUGAAGGCUAGGACGUGGUGGAUCCGCGUCAUUCUGGGCGACCAUGGGUUGUUCUACCUGCCGGAGAGCAAGCGCGUGGCGCUGGCGAAGGUCAUGGGGCAGCUUGCUGCUCAGUGGUGUGAGAAUAGGGACCCGGCGAAGACGGAGUUCGUGUUGGACUGGGUGGAGGAUAAGGAGAAGGGGUUGAAUCAGCCGGUUUGGAGUGAGUGGCAGCCGAUUCAAGAGGAUCCGGCGGAGGGCUGGGGAUGUGCUGUACAGUAA